AUGUCUUUCAUUUCCUCCACCUCAAGCUCUAGUUCUUCUGAUUUCUCAAAUAACGUUGAAUUUGAUCGGUUAGUUGAUGAUUAUGCUGCUAACCACCUACCACAUAUUUUAAUUCCCCAAGACUCACCACAAGAAUUCCAGCUUAAUAAUGAUAUAGCAAAUGUCCCAGAGCCUAAAAGGGAUAGGGAAAGAGAAAAAGGGCAUGUGCAACUAUAUAACGAUUAUUUUGCGAGUAACGCAGUGUAUAACGACAACCAAUUCCGCCGUAGAUUUCGUAUGCAAAGAUCUUUGUUCUGGAAAGCUUGGUUUAUCACCGUUGUAGAAAUGCACCGCUGCAAUAAGAAUGGGGUUAUUACACAUUUUGAAAGUGAAUAUCUACGUAAACCUACAGAUGAAGAUCUAAGGAGAAUCCUUCACCAAAAUGAAUUGCGUGGGUUUCCAGGCAUGGUUGGUAGUAUAGAUUGCAUGCAUUGGGAGUGGAAGAAUUGUCCUACGGCUUGGAAAGCACAAUAUGCUGGUCGUAGCAAAACUGCAACCCUCAUUCUUGAAGCCGUUGCUGAUCAAGAUUUAUGGAUUUGGCAUGCGUUCUUUGGAAUGCCUGGCUCAUGUAAUUAUCUUAAUGUCCUUUACCGUUCACCGGUGUUUGAUGAUGUUUUACAAGGUCGUGCACCACCAAUAAAUUUUUGGGUUAACGGACAUCAAUAUAAGUUGGCCUACUACUUGGCAGAUGGGAUUUACCCGAGAUGGCCAACUUUUAUACAAGGUAUAACACAUCCUCAAGUUCAAAAAGACAAGUUGUUUGCUGAUCAACAAGCAGCAGUUCGGAAAGACGUUGAACGGGCUUUCGGAGUUUUACAAGCUAGGUUUUCUAUACUCCGACAACCAGCACUUGCAUACGACGAAGAUGUUCUUUGUGACAUUAUCAAAGCCUGUAUAAUAAUGCACAACAUGAUCGUCGAGGAUGAACGACACAACUACACCCGUGCAGAUGUUUUAAGACGGUACUACGAAGAAGAUGGACCACAACGUACAGCAGCGCGGCCGGGACCGAGCACAAGUGCCACGGUGAAUAACAACGAGCCAUUUGAAUUCAACGUUGGGCGGCCACCCAACAUUGAUUUCAACGCGUACUUUCAAAGGAGGAUUGCACUUCGUGAUAGAGAAAUUUAUUCGUCUCUCAAACAAGAUUUAGGAGAGCACAUAUGGCAGAACUUUCGUCAUAACACGGCCGAAUAA